CGCCUGAACUUUUCGUAGUGUUUGAGGUUUUGUGCUUGGAAAUUUUCAAUUUCUUCGGAUCUUUUGUUGGUUUCUCUUCGCCGGCGACGCUCGGGUUAUGUCCUCUGGCUAACACACAGCCGUAUUUACGUUACCCACGUUUCCAAGAGUCGGUAGUAUUUCUACAGGACUCGAUUCCUGAGUUUCUGUCUGAGAAAGACGAGAUUUUCAAGUCAGAUUGGUCGGUUAAAUGGAGGAGUCCGAAAAGAGGAAGGAAAGAUUGAGGGCGAUGCGCAUGGAAGCUGCGCGAGCUGGUUCUUCAGACAGCCCUGAAGCUUCUGCUGAGGCUGGCUGCCUCGCGAAUCCGUUGAUUGAAACACAGACACCUCAAUCGCAGCACGGACAGUCGCGUGCCUCGCCCAGGUUUGAUUACUAUACAGAUCCCAUGUCUGCUUUCUCCGGUGAUAGGGCGAGGGGUAAUGCAGGCUUCCAAUCUGCACAAGUGAAUUUCACCCCUCCGCCGCCUCGUCUUUCAGGACCCAGGAACCUCGUAACAAGUCCCUCUCCUGCCUAUCAGUGGCGUCCCAUUUAUCCACCCAACAGUGGAAUCUACCGAACAGAAAGUCCUCGCCCCAGAUGCCCUCCCCACCAAAGUCCUAGCGGAUACAUCCACCCUUUUCCAAUGCAAGAUGGGGCUUCUCCUCAAGCUUGGAAUAGAUCCAGCAGCACAGCAAGUUAUUUUAGCCCAUCCAGUACUCCAGGAAGUGGUACCCAUAGUUUCAAUCAGACACAAGAUCAUUCUCACUGGCAUGGGAACAGUCCAGGGCCAGGUUUAGGACGGGGGGUUAAUUAUGCUGCAAGUCCAGGCAGAGGCAGAGGCCAAUGGUUCGGUGGCAGCCCCAGGUCAGGGAGGAGUGGUGGACGAGGUCCAGGACAUCGUGGUCAUGGUUCUACACCGGCUAGGCCACUAGGCCCAGAGCGUUUCUUUCAUGAGUCCAUGUUAGAUGACCCAUGGAAGGAUUUAAAACCUGUUUUAUGGAGGGGCGUUGAUUCUCCCUUCAUCAGUUCCAGUUCACUCGGAUCUUCGAGUUCCUGGAUGCCCGAGUCCAUUAGGCCAAAGAAGCUGAGAGUUGCAGAAUCUCCCAACAAGUUUGGUUCUGGACUAAACCUUGCUGAAUUUCUUGCUGCCUCAUUUAAUGAAACUGUUAAGGAGACGCCAAGCCCAUGAUGUUGUUACUAUAAGUCCUAGAAUUUCACCUGCGUGUGCUUCUUCUCAAGAGCCAGAGGCUUGGGGCCACUAAGGCUGUGGCUAGACGGUUAAAAGGAGAUGCAUGAAUCCUUCCUAUUUAUGUCUGGAGUUUUUCUUUCUGAUGAUCGUCUCAUUCGCUAGUGAAUAGUCAUCUGAGUUGUUGGUUGCUAGAAAAUUGUCUAGUUUGUGCAGUUUUUUGUAGUAUUUGAGAAUAUCUUACAA